AUGGUGUCGUUUCGCCGUCUCAUCUCACAUCGGCGUCACCAUGACCCCGCCGCUCCAGCUCCUCCUCCCGAGCAAGCCGAUCCCAUCGCACCUCCCGCCAGCCAGGCUCACCCAAGUCAGCGGACGAGCGACCCGCCUCGAGUCGUCUUCGCCCGAGGUUCCUUCACAGGCACGCCUCUGACGGACACACCAGAACCAGGCUCGCUACGCUCGUCCUAUGGCUCAGCCGUGCAGCCCGCUCCGCCCGUGCUGCCCCCCAUCCUGCCGUCUCUGCCCGUGGGCGGCCCCAUAGCCCCCGGCGCGCUGCUGGGGGGUCCAGCCAGAUUGAGCACCGACGCAGGCGAAGUCAAGGAGUCCUCGUCGCCCGUGCGCGCAGCGCACAACAGGGAGGCGGACGUGUACUCGUCCCUCCACGGCGACAUUGGCGUGGUGCACGUCGAGCAUCCGGGCGAAACGAGACCGUUGCUCGACACGUCGUCACCUUCGCUCGACAGCAAUUACUCUGACCCGUUCAAGACCCCUCCUCGCUCCCAUUCCAACCACGACGUGGGGCACAAGGGCGCCCACAUUCCCACUGUCAUUUACGAGGGCGACGAGAGGAGCAGGACGAGCACCCCGAACACGCACACGCCCGACGCCUCGAGGCAGCAGAGCCACCACAGCGGGCACAGCGGGCACAGCGGCGUCUCGAGUGAAGCUACGGAGCGCGCGACGCCGAAGCAAAGCGAUCGCCCCCCGCUCUCCCUGGUUCAUCCCGCCGACGAGAACCCGGGAAAUCAGCCAGGAGAUCAGGUCGAGUACCUCCAGCCCCUCGAAGCGAUCGACCGGAUCAGCAGCGCCGAGCAGUCUGGCGCCUCGACACCGGCCCAUUUCUUCAGCAGCGCGUCCACGCCGCUACCCCAUACGCCGAGGAGUGAGCCCGCCUCGCCGCCCGACAGUCCCCAUCUCUCGCCUCUCCACGCGGCCGGAUCUCUGCCUGCUACCCCAGACGCGCCGCUGAGGGAGGUGAGCCGAUCCCCGCCCGCGUCGAGACACAACACACCUCCUCCCGCUGCGCCAGAGGUAUCACUCGCGCCCAUACCUAGCGGGCCUGAGGGACGACACACACCCAUCCCGGCAGCACCUUGGGGCGCGCAGAAACACAGCGACGCCGCGCCCUCUGCCCCAUCGGCUGCUUCGCCCGUCGACCCACCGCCGCACGACUGCACCUCGCACCGCGUCCUGCUCCACGGCCACAGAGGUCAUCGUGGUCAUAAACACGCGCCCGAGACACAAACCUCGUACCGACCCCGCCCCGAGUCCAUUUCCUCAACCUCUCCAUCCUCCACUGAAGAACUGUCUCAAGCGCCCACCGAACAGCACUCUAGAUUUCACAUCAGUAUGCCCCGCUGGCGUCGUGACUCGACCUCCUCGGUCUCGAGCGAUGAGGAGGAAGUGUCUGGUCCCGGGUUGCGCACACUGGAGAUCAAGGCCGACUCUGAGGAAAUGGCAGCCGGCACACGGAGCAUUGCGUGGUGCGACGACCUGAAGCCGUUCCAUGGCCCCGUUCCCGCCCGUCUUAUCGGGGGCCGGUUCCCGCCCCUCGAGCUAGUUGCUGAGGGCGAGAAGUCCCCACUGGUCAAGGCCAAGGCAUUGCCCAAGGCUGGGCUGAAGCGCGUAGGGUCGGCGAUCAGCUCGGUCGGCAGCCGUGGAUCGCGUCCUGGCUCUCGCGCCGGCUCGCACGCCGGAUCGAGGGCGGGCUCUCGCCCCGCGUCGAUCAGUGGCCACGACGACGGCGCGGACAACACCUUCGGUCUCGACCUCAACGACGCGCUGCAGCUCUCGCCCAGCCCUCGUGCCGUCGACGCCGAGCCCACCCCGGACCCCACCAACGGCUCCGCCGUCGCUGCUGAGUCUUCCGACUGGCUCUCGGCAUGGAUCCCGCCCCGCCCAGCCCCCUCCAAGCUCAACCUCUCCGACCCCUUGAGCGGGCGCACAUACACCGCCUCCCGCCUGGGAGCCUCGAUCGGCUCCAAGAAGAUUGUCAAGUUCUUCCUCGGCGCCGAGUCGGGACAUGCGUCCAAUGAAGCAAGGGCCUACGAGUUGACGGCGCACAGUGGGGUUACGCCCAAGUGGUAUGGGGCUUAUGGUGGUUUCCACCCGCGUAUUGGGAGCAAAGGGGUCCUCAGGGCGAAUCAGGUACUGCUGUAUGCGCUGGUGAUGGAUGAGACGGGGGAGGAGGUCGUCGUUGAGAAACUGUGGAAGAAGGAGAAAGCUGACCCCAGACGCGCGAUUGCGAAGCUGUACCAGACGCUGCACGCGCACGGCGUGCUCCACAACAUGCCCGCGGCCGAGCACUGGCGCAGCACAAAGGCAGGGUUCAGGCUCGUGUCCUUCUCCGAGGCGCUGUUCCGUGACGACAUGGACGAGGAGGACUGGGAGGAAGUGUGUCGUGCCGAGGACCGCGUCGUGCUGAACCUCCUGGGUCUGAGCGAGGAGUGA